CAUAAUCACUGAAAAACACACAUUCACACUCUUCCGUUUCGCGAUCAAAAGCAAACAUCUUACGGAAGAAAACCGUACAUAUUCGGUUGACACAGCUUUGACUUGUGCUGAAAUAGAAAACGGACAAACAUUCCACGAAGGAUGUUUCGGCUCUCGGGUAAGUCGUUGGAAAUGAAAGGACAGCUGAACCUACGUUCAACUCUUUUGCUUAAUACUAUUGAUUGGGUUUGACUGAUUUCGUUCCUGUGUAAUUGAAAUGCCAACGAUAGGCAAAUGUUACUUCAACUAAAAAUUUAAACAUAGUAAAUAGUGGAGCUAAUUUUAGUAUGGAAACGGUGACCUAAUUUAUUAGGAUAUUUCUAUGGUUGAAUUAAGUCAAACGAGAAUAAGGUAAAAUAUUUUCAAAGUUUACGAAAGCACAAAUACAUAUAUCAAGCUAUUUCUUUAAAUGUGUUUAUUUAGGAUCUUAGCAGCUCCGGAAGGCUAUCAAUUACCUCGUAGCGAUUACGGGACUGUUUAAUACAUUUAUGUAUUUGUCCUUUAUCAGUAUUUCGGCAGCCUAGAAAACCACUGACUCGUGCUAAUUAGUUCAGUUAACAUGAAAAUGUGGACGAAAGCUGUCCUAGUGUUUAUAUUCUUCGGCGGAACAAAUGCAGCCAAGACAACAGUCAACCUGAACUGUGAGCCGACCAUUAAGCCAGGAUUAUGCAUUUUGAAAUCCAUCAAAAUACAGGCGAAGGACGUUAUUGAAUCUACUACCAGCUCAUCAUCGGAGAAAGUGAUAAAGUUCGAAAGUUCCCAGCUUGAGUACCUGCCUGAGGUUUUGUUCAAACAGUUCCCACGGCUAGAAUUCUUAUCAGCAGAUAAUGUUGGAUUAAAAAAACUAACAGCAAACAUUUUCGCUAAGUCCACCAGCCUGAUCCAGCUGGACAUCUCGUCGAAUUUCGUCGAUGCGCUACCGGAAAAUGCAUUUGGAACAUGUAACAACUUAGAGAUUAUAAAUAUGGCAGCAAAUAGACUUCAUAUUUUCAACAGUAUCGAAAUAAUCGGAUGCAAUCAACUACGUCACCUGAACGUGUCUUCCAAUCAGCUUAUCUACAUGAACUGGGACCCCCUGAAUGAUCUACGCCAUCUCGAGCAGAUUGAUUUGAACGACAAUCUGCUAACUGAACUGAUCAUUCCGAAGUAUUUGAGAAGAAUCACGAUCCGCCAUAACCACAUCCAUCAGCUAGACACCAACCGGGAUUCGUUCAUAUUCUUACUAGAACACUUGGAUGCGUCGAAAAACCGGUUGAGUGACAUAUCUGCGCUUUCACGGCUCGCCAAGUUGACCUACAUUGACCUUUCGUACAAUCGGCUGGUGAGCGUGGAUUUCGCUCUGUUCCGAAAUAUGCGCCAACUGCGCGAUCUUCGUCUGGCUCAUAACAACAUUUUCGCGGUAUCAACUUCUGACCUGAAGACGCUUUCGCUCGAAUUGGUUGACUUAUCGCACAACGAGCUAACGCAUUUGACAGCCAACGAUAGCGCAGGAAUUGGGUCUGUCGUGAAGCUUCUUCUGAACAAUAACUAUUUGAUGAGCUUUGAAUUAACUGAUGGUUCGAGGAACUUUCCGAAUUUACGUGAAAUCUCACUGAACGACAAUGAUUGGAUCUGUGAGGAUAUUGAAAAGUUAGUGAAAGUGCUGAAAGCGAAAAAAAUAACGAUAAAGUCCGAUAAUCAGCGCUGUACUUCUUACCAAAUUAUAAAAGAUCAGGUUUGCUGUCGUGAUUUGGGUACAACAUUCGAUGAACUAGUUCUUUUGAAAUCAGAGAAAAUUGCAGAAAUUCAGCGUAAUUCAGCUCGUACAGGACAGCAAUCUGAAACGGUCAAAUCACUCGAUGCAGAAGCUCCAAAUGAAGUACAGAAAAUAGCCUCCUCAGUACAAGUUUCAGCAACUGAUAAAGAUUUAAGAUCUCGCUUGAUGACUGCCGAGUCCCGACUCACCAUCAUGGAACAGGAAAGAAAUACUUUGCAGUCGUUACUGACCAAGGCUCAGCAGGACAUUAGUUUGACAAGUGAAAGACUAAGGCGCUGCCUAUCGGCCUUCAAUCAACGCACGGGACAGACCGUAAUCGUUGACUAAUGCAGAGGCACGUUCAUUUUAAUGAUCGCCCCCACUCAAUAUCGAUAGCUCUCGUAAAAUAUAUUCUACCGGAUCAACUUGAUGAUUAUGUUUUUAAAAUAGAUGCACUAACAUGAAUCGAGACGAGACGAGUUAUGUUUCCCGAGUACGGAGAGCUUGUGGCCUUUCACCGUGGCAACCGUGCCAGGAUACACAACGAUAUCACCAUUCUUCACCAUUCACAGCAGCCGGUGGUGCCGGGUUUCGAACCGAUAUAAAAUCACGCCAACAGGUGCAAUGAAAUAAUCAAAAUAGGAUAUAAAGUUUUAUGCCAACAUCAGCCUGUUUCUUGAUUCUGAUCCGACCGGAUGCCCCGUAAUAAACUGGCGUCAAUUGCUUUGGGGCUUCUUUUCGCCAAGUAGAUUGGAUAUCGAGUUCUUUUCGAUUGAUUGGAUUCAUGCUGGAAAAUGGAUUUUGUCAGUUGAUUAGGAUUUAUUAUUAAAAAAAUUCAUAAGCUUGAUCACUGCGGUAUUGCGACAAGUUUCGAAAUAAAUCAAUGUAUUUUACGUCGUAGCAAGCCGCAGUCUUCGAAGCACAGUUUGCAUUUAGAGUAUUUUCAUGACAUGAAGAUACAUUUCAUUUGACAAGAGAUCAAAUAAAUAUACAGGAGUUCUGAUUCCGUUUUCGAUUGUUUAUGUGUUUUCAGAUACUAAGCGAAGAUUGUGAAAUUAUGGGUAGUUGAUGAAAAUGAUGGGACUGGAUGAAGGGGAACAACGUGUUGAAGAGUUAGUCGAGUGUGUCCAGGCGGGGUAGUGCGACAGUAGGGUUAUGUGGUCCGGGCUGGGUCAGGUCUCAUUUUAUCUUGAAAAGCAUUUUCCCGGAGAACCACCAUAGUUUGACGAGCUGUCAGUAAACGUCUGUCAGUAUGUCCAUAGAUCCAGUAUAUUGUGACCUAAACAAUAGAGGGUCAGGAUUUUCCCCUUAUUCAGGGAGAGCGAUGAAACCAGAGGCCGGAUCUCAAAAAAUGACCUCGAAAUAUUCGAAAACGAUUGCGUCUUCUGAGCAGAGAACUCCGAACAAUUUUGAGCAAUAUUUUCGGGACUGUUACUAGAAGUCUGGCUCCUCGGGAGAGUGCUGGAAAAUGUCCAUUUCGGAAGAUUGGGAAUGAUUUUUCAACCCUAAGUUACAUAAAAAAAUGCACUUCUAUAAUCUGGCCCGAGUACACACUAAACAACAUUUAAUUAAUCCUAUAUAUUAAUAUGCCUCUAAAAAUUUUUGCAAUUAAAAAUUCGGAUGGGAGUAUGUGAAGUAUUACGUUUUUAACGCCCUCAUUUUCUACUGCAAUAAUGUAAACGGUACAAGGAGUAUCAAGUAUCUCUGGUGAAGUAGGUUGUAACGUUCCAAAUGAUUGGCACCGAAUAAUUGAAAUUGAUGGUUUCUGAAUAGUGAUGGGCAAAACCGUUGGGUUCAAAGAACUGCUCAUAAUUUGAUAGUUCUGUUGAACCGUUUUG